GUUGUUUUUUUUUGUUUUGUUUUGCUUUGUUUUUUUAAUUACCUGUCGUUUGUUUUGUCUCAUUCCCAAUGACAGCCUUUUGAUUAAACAAACCCAAGUCCCAGAGGAAUUCAGCACAGUGCGCUAAUUAUGCCGCUUGGGCAUCAGUAACACGUCACCGCUGUAACAGUAUACAGAAUAGCAUAGAAUAACACUCGGCGUUUAAUCACCAUUUGAUGAGACACAUUUAUGCAAAAAAACAAGAUAUUCGAGAUAUUCGGGGGUUUAUCAAAUAAAUAUUUUGGAUUUAAUCCACAGCGGACAGCAAUCUACAGCGGGGUGCUGAUGACGGGGAUACGCUGCCCUCUAGCGGUGCGCCACCGCAAUAACGCUGUUGUAUUGACCCAUGAAUGGCGUUGUUUUUUUGCAUUGUGCAAGAACGCACACAGCAGCUUAAAACAUUAAACAUUAUUUAUGAGACAAAUACAUAUUUUAUAAUUGGCAAAGCAAUCGUGUUCAACGUGGUUUUAAAAAAAUAAAAUAAAGUGGACUCGAUUGUCUAUUAUACAGAAUAAAAACAGGAGACUAUGCAUGAGGAGAGAGCGAUAUAAAAGCGUCACACUGACUGUGCAUUUUCGCAUGCGCACUACAGCACACAUUCUCUCAUUGCCAAAGGGCAGCUGCACUUGUGAAAAUGGAGAGCUCGGACCUAGCGCUUCAUUCCGAUAACGCGGGGGACGUGGCCACAGCCUCUACUUUCCGUCAGUUCCAGAUCCGACACUUUCACCUCGAUCUGGACGUGGAUUUCGACAAGAAAAACGUCUCCGGGAGAGAGAGGCUGGAUUUGAGAUGCAUGCGGGACUCCCAGGAGCUGGUCCUGGACGUACACCCCACUCUGUUAGUGGAGGCGGUGUCUUAUUCGCCGGGUAAAGCCGGUAACACAGACUCGAUCAAAAUCAAGCAUGAAACGCGGAGUUUUACGCGCUACGGGAGCGCGCUGGUUUUGGCAUUCCCUGCACGGUGGAAAGCGGGGGACGAGUUCCGAGUAGACAUUGAGUAUGUUGCAACUGACGGGCCGGGGGUGUGCUGGCUGGAUCCAGAGCAGACCGCGGGGAAGAACAAACCCUUUGUGUUCACCCAGGGUCAGGCUGUACUGAACCGAUCCUUCUUCCCGUGCUUUGACACUCCAGCAGUGAAAAGCACUUACUCUGCCUCGGUGAAGGUGCCGGAGGGGUUUACGGCGGUGAUGAGCGCGACCACGUGGGAGCACAGGCGGGCAGAGCGCACGUUCCUCUUCAACAUGGUGCAGCCGGUCCCCUCCUAUCUGGUGGCCCUGGCAGUCGGGGACCUGGUCUCGGCGGACGUGGGGCCCAGGACUCGCGUGUGGAGUGAGCCCUGCCUCCUCCAGGCUGCUCAACAGGAGUACGACGGGGUGAUCGAAGAGUUCCUCGCUGUCGCAGAGGAGCUGUUUGGACCCUACGUGUGGGGCAGGUACGACGUGCUGUUCAUGCCCCCCUCCUUCCCGUUCGGGGGCAUGGAGAACCCCUGCCUCACCUUCGUCACCCCCUGCCUGCUGGCUGGGGAUCGCUCCCUGGCCGACGUCAUCGUGCACGAGAUCUGCCACAGCUGGUUCGGCAACCUGGUCACCAACGCCAACUGGGGGGACUUCUGGCUGAACGAGGGCUUCACCAUGUACGCACAGCGGAGAGUCUGCACCCAGAUCUACGGCGCUGCCUACGCCAGUCUGGAAGCCGCUACGGGCCGAUCUCUGCUCCGGCAGCACAUGGACACCACCGGAGAGCAGCACCCUCUCAACAAGCUGCGUGUGCAGAUCGAGCCGGGCGUGGAUCCCGAUGACACGUACAACGAGACCCCCUAUGAGAAGGGGUUCUGCUUCGUGUCCUACCUGGCUCACCUGUGCGGGGAACAGAGCCGAUUCGACGCCUUCCUGAAGGCCUACCUGGACAAGUUCAAGUUUCGCAGCGUUCUGGCUGAAGACGCUCUGGAAUUCUACCUGGAUUAUUUCCCUGAUCUGAAGGAGAAAGGGGUUCACGAAAUAGCAGGGCUGCAGUUCGAGAGUUGGUUGAACACCCCGGGCUGGCCCCCUUACCUGCCUGACCUCUCCCCGGGGUUGACCCUUAUGAAGCCAGCAGAGCAGUUGGCACAGUUAUGGGCGGCGGAGACCCUGGACCUCCCUGCCAUCAAAGCUGUGGACACCAGCUCCUGGAAAACCUACCAGACUGUCUACUUCCUGGACAAAGUCCUGGAGAACUCUCCCUUGCCCACAGGGAACGUGCAGCAGCUGGAGGAGCAGUACCCCAACGUUUCGAGGGCGAAGAACGCUGAGCUGCGUCUGCGCUGGGCUCAGAUAGUGCUGAAGAAUCACCACGAGCCGCAGUUCCACCAAGUCAGGAGCUUCCUGCACUCCCAGGGAAAGCAGAAGUACACCCUCCCCCUCUACCGAGCCAUGUGGAGUGGGACAGAGCAAACCAAAGCCCUGGCGAUGGAAAUAUUCUCCAGCACAGCCAAGCAGCUCCACUCCAAUGUGCGCAGCUAUGUGAAGAGAGUCCUAUCCGGAGUCCUGCCUCCUCCAGCCCCCUGACACAGAGAGCUUUCACUUUUUGCAUCCUUUCCUCCACAGGCAUCGCUUUUCUGUAAUAAAACAUUGAGUCGCGUUUGUCUUGGUUUUUUCUUUCAUUAAGACGCUCGCAGUGUCAGGAUUCCUCAGCUUCUAUGCUUUGCUAACAGAAGCAGGCAAGUUCUCCUAUUGGUUUGUUUUCAGAGAGCCUGCUCAAGUUAACAUUAGCCAGCCCCAGACUGGCGUCUGCACAACUUCUAUGAGUUAAAAUGGCACUAGAACGACAGUGUUAGUAUACCAUGCACACUU